AUGUCAUUUGUCAUAUCUGAUUUAUUACCCGCAGGAUCGCAUUACAGGGGAAUUUCAAAUCCUGUAACGACAUCCAAGAUCACAUACUUUAAAAGGAAAUAUGUGGAAGAAGAGGAUUUUCAUCCACCACUCAACAGCUGUACACAUAAAACAAUCUCCGUGUUUGAGGAGCGGGCCCAUAUUCUUUACAUGUCUUUGGAAAAGCUGAAAUUCAUUGAUGAUCCUGAAGUCUACCUGCGGAGAUCUGUCCUCAUCAACAACCUCAUGAAGAGAAUCCACGGAGAAAUCAUCAUGCAGAACAACUGGUGUUUCUCCACCUGCUCCUUCAGUGGCACCUCGCCACAAGAGUGGUUUGUGCCUCAGGACUGUCCGUACAGAAAACGCCUUCGGGUGGCCAAGGAGGAGUACGAGAAGCUCCACACGUGCUGCUUCUAUCAAGAGUGUGGCAGUCGCUAUUUAAAUCUACCCUACUCUGUUAAUGCUAGUACAGAAAAUACUUCCUCCUCUCCCUCCUCCUCCCCUCCCAUUUCUUUGCCAAGCUGUUCCCAGCAGGUGGAUUAUGACAUUUGCAGUUCCCCUUCUUACAGGAGUGAUGACCAGAUACCUGCUAAUGAAAUAUUCAUCACUAAUGCCAGGUCUCAGAGUCAUCAGGAAAAGGCAAAAUUUAAUGAAGAGAAAGGAGGUGAUGAACCUGAGCAAGAGAGCAUUGCCCUGAACUGUGAACCCGUCAGAGGCACCCAUGCUCUUGAAUGUAAAGGCAAAUUUUAUGACUAUUUUGAGACUGGAUGUAAAGACAAGAGCAAUUUAAGUGAAUCUUGGAAAAAAUCCUUAAGGAAAAAGGAAUCUUUACCAAGUAAUAAAAUAUGCUGCAGCAAAGGAAGUAAAAUAUGAGACACCUUUCUUGCUGUGUUGAAGCAUGCGCAGCAUGUUUGUUUGUCUAUCAAAUUUUUAUUUUGAAUGGAUUUUUUAUAGUUUUCUACAAAUGAUACAAUCAUGCCACAAACCUUACAUGUAGUUUUAAAUGACUGGAGAGCAGAUUGCUUAAAGCGUCUCUACGAUCUGCAUCAGCGGGCUAUUUAUAAAUACGGAGACUUCAUAAAGAGCGCAAUUGCGUUACUGCUUAGCACUAUAGUCUGUACAGCUAUGGUGUAGCUUUCGUUACUGAAAAUAUCAAUCAGCCAGAUGGGGAAAACAUAUCGUUUUUAUAUAUCCCUGCCCCCAAGAAGUCUGCCAUUAAUUAAGAAGAACCUCCAUUAUGUUUACCAAGAAAUGAGAAAUCUGGUAAACAAAUUGAUGCUACCAGCAAGGGCGAUGUGCUCCUUGUAACUCAGUAUUUGUUCUGACAAAGGACCAUCUUCAUGGACUGGGAAUAAACCAUCCUUACGCUUUGUACUGA